UUUGAAUGCUUUGACUCAAGCAUGAUUUGCCGUCUGUGCCUAAACAGCGUCGACGAUUCGGAUACAAUACGGAUUUUCGAGGAUGUUGGCCUUUCCCUAAAUGUGGCCAAUGUGCUGGCCAAAUACUUUUGGUUUGAGCCAAAAAGCGAUGAUCCCAUAUCCACUGUGAUUUGUUCGGCCUGCUGGAAUCAGGUGAACGAUUUCCACCAGUUCUAUGGAGCGGUUGAGAGGGCACAUCGCUUGCUCACUGAGAGGUUUUCGCUGAAAUCUGGCCAGGAUCAGGGGAAAGCAGAACGGGAAGAGGACUUGGAGCUCCAGGGGGAAGCGGAGGAGGGGCAGGAUGAAGAUCAGGAGGUGGAAUUACCCGGCAGCGAUUGCGACAAUGCCUCCUUCACAAAUGAACAGUUCCUUAGCGAUGUCAUUGCCCAGCAGGAGGAGCAGAGUGUGUCCAAGCCACUAGAAGGAGAGUUCUUAAAAGAAUCAUCAGCACCAGAAGCGGGACUAAAGGAUCUACCCAUCCCCACACCCACUCCAGUACCCACUAUACCCACAGAGGAACGUAGAGAAACGCGAUCCACCACCAAAAGUAAAUCCCAUCUGGCAACCGAACCCACUCUCCCUGCUCCUCCUUCUCCUUCUCCCCCGCAAGAGAAACCCAAACUGGCAGUGACCAAGUCCAGAGGCAAGAGAACUUCCUGCAAAGCAGAAGCAGCCCCACAGAAAACCAAGCGCUAUGCGGACUACAAGCAGUGCAUGCUGGAGAUCGAUGCCAAGAUCUCUGCCCACAUGCGACUCACCUGCGACAUUUGCCACGAGGGCCAGGAGACCUUUCUGCUGCUCUGCAAGCACAUGCUGCAGGAGCAUCGUCGCAAGGGAUAUGCAAUCUGCUGCAACAAGAAGUUCUACAAGCGAUCCUUUCUCACCGAUCACAUCGAUCGCCAUGCCGAUCCCGAGAAGUUUAAGUGCACCCAGUGCGACAAGCGGUUUGCGGACAAACAGUGCCUGAGGAACCACGAGCUGCUGAAACAUCAUCCGGAGGAGGAGAAGACCUUUAUGUGCGAGCAGUGCCCGAAGAGAUAUACAAAGCAGUAUCUGUUGGAUCAGCAUCGUGUUAUCCACAAAGAGCGCAAUGUGGUGUGCGAUCUGUGCGAGAGGAGAUUUCCCAACCAAUCGCUGCUUUGUACGCACGUCAAGAUGGCGCACGGCAACUAUGGCACCAUGUGCGACAUUUGCGCCCAGGUCAUUCGCGGCAGAGCUGCUUUCCAGCGGCAUCAGCUGGAGCACGCCGGUGUCACGGAGCCCAAGGUGCAGUGCGAUAUCUGCGGCUCGUGGCACAAGAACAAGCACAGUCUCAAGAAGCAUGUGCGUCGUCAUAAUGGCACAGCCGCCACCUGCGAUCUUUGCGGAAAGAUUUCGCCCAAUCGCAGCGCCAUGUUGAGUCACCAGCGAUAUGUGCAUCUCACGGACAGGAAGCACGAAUGCAGCGUGUGCAGAAAGGCCUUCAAGAAGGCCAUAACGUUGAAGGAACACAUGACAAUGCAUACGGGCGAGGUGCUGUACAAAUGUCCCCACUGCCCGAAGACCUUCAACUCGAAUGCAAAUCUGCACACGCACCGCAAGAAGUGUCAUCCCAAGGAGUUCGAGGAGGCGCGGCAGGCACGCACCGAGAAGCGAAAAGCCGUCGAUGAGGAGGCGCCCGGUGUCCUGACCAUCGCAACGGGCGAGGAUGGCGACGAAACGCACAGGAUUCUGCUGGCGAACAGCGACGAGGAUCUAAAGGCCGAAACCAUCGAGUUCACCUUGUGCCUUAGUCCCGAUGCCACAGAUUGAACAGUCUUUUCACGGCAGCUCUGUUACAAAUUGGCGAAAUGGUAUUUGAUAGAAGUGGUUCUUAGAUUCACCAUUCAUCAAAUUCAUUUUAAUAUGUAUAUUAGAAACAGAUGUUUAUUUUACGAUCCUUAGGCUAGCAGCGUUUAACAAAAUAGACGGAGAUUUUAAGUGGAA